GUUGUCUGCCACUUCUCUCACCAUGUCUGCUCAGAGUAUAGCUCGCUGGAAUGCAAUUCCCAUGUCUCGACCUGAUACAGAUACUGAAGAACAAGCACAAUCUGUACAAAACCAAACUAAUUCUAUGAAGCGUUCUCACCAAGAUGUUGAUGAUGACGAUGACGACGGCGUCUCGCUAGUCUCAAGGUCACCGUCACCUACACCCGAUGCAAUGGACAUUGAAAAAUAUGACGAAUAUGUCCGCGGUCCAGAAAGGGAGGUCAUCACCGUCGAGACCAAGAUCAAAAGCACCAACAAGGGCUUUGCAAUGCUCGCAAAACUUGGUUGGUCAGAGGGUCAGCCAUUGGGACUAUCGGCAGACGCGCGCGUCGAUCCUAUACCAUUUCAUGUGAAAAAUGAUUUGACUGGUCUAGGAAAAACGAAUCAAGAUUUUCGAAUGAUCGAGACAACAGUUGCCGAAAGGCGCAAGUUGGACUCUGAGCGACAACGAAAAGAAACAGAAUAUCAACGAAAAGCACGAGAGGACGAUGCCGCUCGUCGGGCUGCACUCAAGUCGGAAAUUUCAGAUACCCUCAAACCGUUCUACUGUUCGCUUUGUGAGAAGCAAUUCCAGAAUGUUGCACAGUAUGAUGAACAUACAAACUCGUACGCGCAUCACCACAAGGCACGCCUCCGGGAUAUGCAAGCCAACACACGCAUGACCACCCAAGAAGAUGUCGAUAAGCGUAAGGAGAAAGAGCGCAAGCGAGAAGAAAAGGAGCUUCGCAAAAUUGCAAAGGCUGCUGGGAUAAAGAUGGCCAAACCUACAGUUACAUCAGCUAUUGUACCUCCUGCACAUGCACCUGCUGCUGCAGAGGCGUCGCUUCCCUCUGAAGCUCAAUCAAGCAACUUCAAGAAAGCUGGCUGGGCAACCGUUUCAGCACCAGUUGAGCCUGCGACUGGUUUCAAGCGGUCGGGUUGGGCAUCUUUGGAUUCCAAUGCGUCCUCCUCUGCGCCUUCCGCACCACUUCCGCCACCGCCACCGCCAGUGGUUAGCCUGCCUCCAGCUUCUUACAUCGCAGGUACACCAAUGUUUCGCACUGGUGGCUGGACAUCUCUUGACACCGGCAGCUCUCAACCGGUCAACCCACCUCCUCCCGACAACACUGCAGCGCCACCACCUCCGCCACCCAAUGUAGCUCCGCCUCCUCCAGUCACUCCUAUAAAUGCACCUCCUCCAGGCGGUCGGCCUCCAUUCCCGCCAGCAAAUAUGCGUCCACCUAGCGUACCACUCCCUUCCUGCAUGCCUCCAACCAGUGGGCCACCCCCCCUCCCUCCCACGAUAGGCAGCAGGGCACCUGCUGCGCUCGUCUCAGAUUCUAAGAGACGGGACCAGAGUUUUCCUCCUGUGCCGACGUUCUCCCAACCUGCGCCUCCAGCAAUAGCUGCCCCGCCUACAUCAACCAGUCUCAAGGCCGCGGUUCCACCGCCUGCUGCUCCUCAAGCAAGAUCAGGCUGGCAGCAGUGGAAGCAAGGCUCCGGGUCGAAACGGAGAUAGAGUAGAUACAUGCACAUCUGUGUCGUUUAUAAUGCUGAUUAUGUGUUCUGUUGCUCAACUUUUGGUUCU